GUUUUUAAGGACAAAAAAAAUAUAUUUUCUUCCUAUUUUUCAUGACCACCGCCGAGUUUUUGAAACCCGUGCCUCCACCCAAAAUAUAGAGAAGUGGCCAUUGAAGAAAUGGAGCUACGGCAGGUCUCGGAGUGCUUCGUGAAACCAGAAUUAGAAUGGCUUCCCCAAGAAUCAAAGCAGUCCUAUCAUUUGAGCCCUUUGGAUCUUCCCAUGCUUUCCACUCACUAUAUCCAGAAGGGCCUCCUCUUUCACAAACCUCCCCAAACUUCUAUCCCCAAUUUUCUUCAACGCCUCAAAAACUCCCUCUCCGCCGCUCUGGUUCAUUUCUACCCACUUUCCGGCCGCCUAUCUACCAUCACAAACCACCAUCAUCAUCUUCAACCUUCAAUCUCCAUUUACGUCGACUGCGUUAACAGCCCCGGAGCCAAGUUCAUCCACGCCGCCAUCGACAUCACUAUUUCUGAUGUUCUGUCCCCUGUUGACGUGCCUUCAGUGGUCCACUCUUUCUUUGACCACCACAAAGCUGUCAACUACGAUGGCCAUUCCAUGCCUUUGCUGUCCGUUCAAGUAACGGAAUUACUCGACGGAGUCUUCAUCGGCUGUUCCUUCAACCAUGCCAUUGGCGACGGAACCUCUUACUGGAAUUUCUUCAACACAUGGUCUGAUAUUUUUCAGUCACCUUCAAACCACACUUCGAUUUCACGUCCCCCUGUUCUCGAGCGGUGGUUUCCCGAUGGGUAUGGUCCAAUCAUCGAUCUCCCUUUUACCCAUCCCGACCAAUUUAUCAGCAGAUACGAAGCGCCUCAACUUCGAGAGAGAGUAUUCUACUUUUCAGCAGAAUCAAUUGCGAAAUUGAAAGCAAAAGCUAAUGCAGAGUACGGCACCAAAGGAACAAUCUCCUCCUUCCAAUCCUUAUCUGCACUUGUAUGGCAAUCCAUAACACGAGCUCGUCGAAUACCAGAGGAACAACGCACAAUUUGUAUGUUGGCGGCGAAUAACAGAGCAAAAUUAGAACCAUCCUUGUCUGGAAAUUACUUCGGCAACGUGGUUACAGCACUGAAAGCGGAUGCAGAAGCAGGGGAAUUGGUUGGUAAAGACCUUGGUUGGGCAGCGUGGAAGUUGCACGAUGCUGUGGUGAACAACCCGAGCAAAAAAUUCAGCGAGUCAGUUGAGCAAUGGUUGCAAUCUCCUUAUACCGUUCAGACCAGUCGAUUAUUUGAUCCGAAUAGUGUGAUGAUAGGGAGCUCGCCAAGGUUCAACAAGUAUGGGAAUGAGUUUGGAAUGGGAAAAGCAGUGGCAUUGCGGAGCGGAUAUGCCAAUAAAUUCGACGGCAAGGUUUCUUCGUAUCCUGGACAUGAGGGAGGAGGAAGUGUAGACUUAGAGAUUUGUCUGCUCCCACAAAAUAUGGCGAAUCUCGAGUCUGAUUUUGAGUUUAUGAACGUUGUCUCUUCCUCCACUUGAAUUAUAAUUCUCUCCAGACAAAAUAACCAACAACUUGUGUGUGGUUCAAGAUAAUGGUUUGAUUCUGCUUCUAAUAAAUGUUAAACGAGAAUUGAGUAUAGUGUUAUGGUAUUUAAUUUUAUGUUAUUUACUCUAUGUUUAUUUUUUAAAUGGAUGAGUCUAUGGAGCCAUUUAGCA